AUGCAUGCACUCCUUUCAUACAUGCAUGACCUACUUUUUGAUACCUACAAUACAGACACUAUUUUUUUGGGGUGAUAUUUUGUCAUUCCAGCCAUGUAGCAACAUGUCCAAAAUGUUUGCGCAACCUUUAAUAUGAUGUGAUCUGUAUAAUUGGAUAAAGCUGACUACAAUUAUAGAUCUGGAACGCAUCAGACAUGCAAAGAACUCUCUGACUUUUCAAAACCGACAUGGAUUUAGCAGCUGAUAGAACGCUGAUUUUGGCUUUCCUGCUCUCCAUUCUCUUCUUGUAUUUAGGUGUAAAGACAUUUUGGAGACGUGGGCACCUUCCACCUGGACCAACACCUCUUCCAUUACUUGGGAAUGUUUUGGAUAUUAAAGGAGGCAAUAUUGUCAACUUUCUGAUGAAAAUAAGGGAGAAAUAUGGAGAUGUGUUCACCAUCUAUCUGGGGUCUCGUCCAGUUGUGGUGGUUAAUGGAUACAAUGCGGUCAAAGAAGUCUAUGUGGAUAGAGCUGAUGAUUUCUUAGCCAGAGGAGAUAUAGCAACAUUUGACACAACCUACCAGAAUUAUGGGGUCGCUUUUACUAGUGAUGUGGACAGAUGGAGAGAGCUUCGUAGAUUUUCUCUGUCAACAAUGCGAGAUUUUGGUUUGGGGAAGAAGGAUAUAGAAGACUGUAUAGUAGAGGAAUCACAAUGUCUAGUGACUGAAUUAAAAAAGACCAAAGGGUCAUUCCUUAAUCCUAAACAGUUCUUCCACAAAGUUUCUGGCAAUAUAAUAUUUUCCAUUAUAUUUGGGCAUCGCCAUGAUUAUGAGAAUGCUGAGCUUCUUGAUGUUGUAAACACCAUUUCUGAAACCUUCUAUGUCGUCUGUUCAGUCUGGGGACAGGUGUUUGAAAUGUUUCCCAGAAUCAUGACAUUCAUCCCAGGAAAGCAUCAAACUAUUUUAUCCAACAUGCAGAAGCUCAUGCAGUAUGUCAGAAAGAGAGUGGAGAAGAACAAGGAGACUCUGGAUCUGAAUAACCCCAGAGAUUAUGUGGAUGCUUUCCUCAUUAAAAUGGAGAAGGACAAGAAUAACCCCAAGACUGAAUAUAACCUCAAAAACCUGGUGACCAGCACUCUGCAGAUCGUCUUUGCUGGCCUGGAGACCACAAGCACAACUAUGAUCUAUAGUCUUCUUAUUUUUAUGAAAAGCCCAGAUGUCCUUGGCAAGGUCUGUGAGGAGAUUGAUCGCAUCAUUGGUCGAGAUCGAAGCCCCAAAAUGCAAGACAGAAGUCAAAUGCCAUUUACAGAUGCUGUGAUCCAUGAAAUGCAAAGAUUCAUUGACCUAAUUCCAAUGGGUGUGGCUCGAAAAACUACAAGGGACGUUGAGUUUAGAGGAUACUAUCUACCCAAGCACACUAACAUUUUUCCGAUGAUUACCACGGUGUUAAAAGACCCCGCCUGUUUUCCAUACCCUAAUGAAUUCAACCCCAAGAAUUUUCUUGAUGACAAUGGAAAAUUUAAAAAGAACGAUGGCUUCAUGGCUCUUGCUGCAGGAAAGAGGAACUGUAUGGGAGAAGCUCUGGCCCGAAUGGAGAUUUUCCUUCUAGUAGUUACAAUCUUACAGAAUUUCAUAUUGAAGCCUGAACUUCCCAUAGAGGAUCUGGAUCUCCGUCCUGAGGUAUCUGGACUUGGGAGCCUACCAAAGCCAUACAAGAUGGCCUUCAUUCCUCGCUAGUGAUUAACCUUCUCUACCAUGCCCUGAACAUGAAGAAGUCCUUAUAUCUGCUGCUAAACAUUUAAAGCAGAUGAAAUGACAGAAUUUUACUUUUUAGUACUCUAAUUGUGUUUGGACAGAUCAAGUUGGCUCCUGAAAAUUUACUUUUUUUUUUCUUUUUUUCUAUUGUACAUGUAAUGUUUGAGCGUGGGAUUGUAAUGAGCUUCAUCCUGGUAACAGCUACAAAGUACAGAAUUGUAUUAUAUUAACUGAUAUAUCAUAAGUUUUCCCACCAUACCUAAAACUCAUGACUGAUGAAAAAAAUCAAGUAAACUUAUAUAGCUACAAAGAACGUUCACAAAUCUAUAAUUAAUAAAAUUCCUGUGUUGCAGCUUUGAUUGAUAUUGGAGGUGAACAUUUUGUGGAAAUCAGUUGAGUGCAUUAAAUAAAUGAAUAUGAUAUCUCAGACUAUUAUUAUCUUUCAUAGCUUCUGAGUUUUUAUACAUUUUCAGUACAGCUUAUACUGUGGUAUAACGGGCUGGUAUUUUUCCCAAAAAAAGAACAUUCAAACAUUCUCAUUAGUUCCUCCUCAGGGUUGAGUGCACUGAUUUCAGCAAAAAAAUUAUUAUGUCACAAAAUUACCCAUAUAUUAACACUAAUCUACCAAA